AUGUUCAGAGCAGGCGCAAACAAUUCUUAUGACGACAUUGUCGCGAAGACGACUGACGAGAACCUUACAAGCGAGAACUGGGAGCUCAUCCUCAAUCUCUGCGAUAAAGUUCAAGACGAGGGAGAAGCAGGAGCGCGUAACGUCGUCGCCGCAGUCCUCAAAAGACUUGCACACCGUAAUCCCAAUGUCCAACUUUAUGCACUCGCCUUAGCAGAAGCGUUGUCGAAAAACUGCGGGGAGCAGGUCAACCGCGAGAUUGCGUCGCGUUCGUUCACACAAGGGUUGGAACGGCUCAUCACCGACAGGACUAGCCAUGACAAGGUCAAACGAAAAGCUCUGUCACUCAUAGCUAUGUGGACGACCGAUUUUGAGAACGACCCUCAGCUUGGGAUAAUGGAAGAGUGCUUCGAGAACUUGAAGAGUAAGGGUUACAAAUUUGAGGAGCCGGCUGAGCCGCCUCCACCACAAGUGGACGACGAGAUCCGACGCCGAGAAGAGGAAGAACUUCAGCGUGUUCUGGAAAUGUCUGUCCAUGAUAAAGGUGGCCGCGGUGCUUGGGACCCCUACAAUAAUGCCGGUCCGUCAAGCUCUGCGGGUCCUUCAAGCUCGUCUUUUACUGCAGGGCCGAGCCGGUCGACGGAGCAUAUACCCGCUGCUGGCACUUCAUCUCGUUACAGUAGCACGGACUACGGUUAUGCGAAAUCUACAAGCGGCUACGUCCCUGCUCGUACCCCUUCGCCUAAGCCACAAUCUCCCGUUGCUGCUAGCCCUGUAACGGCUCUUCCCAGUUACGCGGCUGCGUCAUAUGCUCCGUCGCAAAUAAUGUCAUCGUCCCAGACGUCUUUACCCAUUACUUCAGUCUCUCGUGUUCGAGCCUUGCAUACCUUUGAGGGGACAGAGCAAGGGGAACUAACUUUCGAGAAAGGCGACAUCAUCAAAGUUGUUGAUCGUAAUUAUAAAGAUUGGUGGAGGGGACAGCUGAAGGGUCGAACAGGCAUUUUCCCGGUAAACUAUGUGGAACUUCUUCCCGAUCCAACGCCAGAAGAGAUUGCAAAAGAAGCAGAGCAGGAAGCAGCCAUUUUCGCGCAAGCCGCUAACAUCGACAAACUACUAAACAUGCUUCGAGGACUAGAUCCAGCGAGAGACAGCCUCGCAGACAACGAAGAGAUUCAGGAAUUGUACCGCACGAGCAUGAGUUUGCGUCCGAAGAUAGUCAAACUAAUUGACAAAUACAGUCAGAAGCGAGCGGAACUUGUUUCUAUGAACGAAACAUUUGUCAAGGCGCGGACAAUGUUUGAUCGGAUGAUGGAAGAAAGCUUGGCGCGUCAUAGUGCCCGUCAGUUGUCAAUACAAUUGUUCGUCAAAUACAUAAGCUGA